GCACCUUACCUGUCCCUUGCUCCUACUCCGACCUCAACCAAGUCCUUUAUAGAUAAAAAAAAACGAGCCAACAUCUGUCCUUUGUCCUCUCUCUUUGUGUGAGACAGUGUGUCUCAUUUGUUUGUAUGUGUUUGUGUGUGGUUUUUAUUUGUCUGUCUCCCUGUAAGACCUGUUACCCCAAUUUCAGUGGCAUACUAAGUCUCUGGUAAGUAGUUCGUGGCUUGUUUAGGCAAUAUGUCAUCACUACAGGAUGCAGAGGCUCAUCUUGAAGAGAUGGAGAAGGCAGCACUAUCUAUGAUCAAGGAGCUCAACGCAACACUGUCACCUAAGAAAAAGAGAAAAUCAAAACCAAAACCAAAACCUUUUGUUCGAUGGAGGAAACGGGACAAAGACGGCAACAUUGUUGCCCAAAGACGCAAGUCCCCCUCAUCAAACUCAUGUGCGAAACGGGUCAGAUCAUCCACUCCCAGUGUUCCUGAGGGGGUUUCUGCACAGAUGCCCGAUGACCAAGAGGAAGGACUUGAGAAUGCACUAAAAGAACUUGAGAGUCUUCUCAGUGUUUCACACGAUGACACCGAUGUCGUUAUUGAUGCCAGCACACCAACAACAGCCAGCGACUGGAAGACUCGAAACAUCUUCUCGUCAGAGAGAUGGAAGGAAGCCAGACAACAGCUUGUGGACAAUAUGCUCAGAGCAAACUGCAUCAAACCACAGCUCUGUCAGAGAUGCUUAAAGAAGGACGCCACAAUCAGAUGCGCUGAAUGCAUGCCCAUGCAAUACUACUGCUGUGAUUGUGACAUUAGCCAUCAUCAGUCCCAAGCACUUCACAAUCGGGCAUCCAGGAUUCAUGGCUUCCACAAGCCACUGCCGCCAACAGUUGUGGUGAAAGAUGAUGCUGACGGGCACUAUUCUCAUCACAUAUGUGUAAGAAUAUUGCCAAUGGAAAUGCCAGACCAUAUUUGUGAAUGCCCUCCAGAGAGUCUAAAUGUUGUUCCAGGGAGACCUAUAGUCUUCAUAAACAUGAAAGGGCGAUAUGAUCUGAACCUCCCAGAGCUGCGGUGUGGAAGCUGCUGUGCUAGCUGGAAACCAGAGCUCAAAGAUGUACAAGUUAGCGGCUACUGGCCGGCCACAAUAAAUUUUUACACACUUUAUGAUGUAGCCAUAUUUCAAGGGUUCAAGGAAAUGAAGCUGGUUGCUCCAGGGAAUUCUCGCUUGAGCUUUAUGAGAAUGCUCGAUGCACAAACAACAGAGUGUGGCAGGACUGGUAAAGUGUGUUCUGACACAUUCUACAAGAGCUUCAUGGAGUGGGUGAUAAGCUCUUACGAGGUGAACAAAUUGUGUUCGGAGCAGCCGUUCAUCUGCCCAGCCUGUUGUCCACAAAUGCUGGCUGUGUCCGUCGAUGGAAACAGGAAGCACUACCGCUUCAAAAAGGAUGGGUGUACUGAUGAAGCAGGUUACUUUGAGGGUGUGCUUCUCUGCAAAGAUGAUGAGGUGGCAGCCUUUGUGGAAGACAUCCAAAGGAGGACCAAGCAUGUGCCAGGAAAGGGGGUUUGUGGCAGGUCUCAGCUGAAUGCAGCCAAAGAGACGAGUAAGAGGAGUAGCUCCAGCCUUGAUGAGCAGGGUAUAGAAGUAGCUGUGUGCCGACAUGGGAUUAUUCUUCGUGCUCUGAAUAUGUUCAGGGGUGAGAUCUUCGCUUAUCCCAUGUUCCUGCAGAAGGAAGUCUCUGCCAUCAGUCCUCCAACCUUCUUUUGCAUGGACGUUAUUUGCAAAUAUUGGCCUUACAUCAGCAGAAUUUGUGAAGCCUACCCUGAAUAUCAUCACCUCACUACCAUGAAACCCUUUCUGUCUGUGCUUCAUGCUAAAGCACACGAUAAAAUGGGGAGGAGGAAAUCAGGAUGGAGCUGGUUCCACCUUGGGAGAGGAGGUGGAAAUGGUCAACUCCUUCCUCUCCAGGACUGCCAUAAACACCAAGUUUAUGGGAAAAGGAGCCCGCACAGACAUGCUGACUGUCCAGAUCAUGGACUGGCACAAAAGGAAGGUGAAAAACAUGUGCAAUACCUUAUGCUCCAGAUUUCAUAAGACACAAAGGGAUCUUCAGAGGGAGAGGCAGAGCCUAGAGGCUAUCAAGGAGGACCUGUCUUUGAAUGAUGAGACUGUGCAGCAGUGGGUCACAGAUGUACAGGAUUGGGCUGAACAUGAUUCACCAGCUGGCAGCAGUGAUUCUCUCCUGGAAGUGAGGAGAAGAAUUGAGGAGAAUUCACUGGGCCUGAGACAACGUAGAGCCCGUCUCUACAGUCAUACAGACACCAACUCAGGACGCUCUGUGAUUCGCAGCCGCAUGUGGAGGGAAAGGAACCAGCUUGAGGUCCACUCAAGCGGUUCGCUGUAAUGCUAGGUUACGUUUUUCAAGGAGCUCCAGGACGCUCACUCAUUCCAUCACAAAGUACACGUCCACGGCAUGCGACAAUGGUCCCGGUUUGGGAGUUUUAAACUGCGGUUGCCUUAUAUGUGAGAGCCGGACUAUGGUGGCAGAGGGAAGCGUCCAUAGCAACAAUAAAAUAAAUCCGUUAAAAGUAAACUAACAACAAAAGAUCAUACAAACCAUCUGAAAAAAGAUUAUGAAAAUAAUCCUAAAAUGCGCUGCUUCAAAGUUGAUCAAACACACUUAUAAACGAUGAAAAUAUUUAAUUUACCAUAAAGAAUAAAGUGAUUAUCCGCCAUGUAUUUUGUUUCCACGGAGAGAGCAGCGCAUAGGGCACCUGUCCCCAGCCGCCUGACUCACGAUUAAGUCGAAUUCAUACGAAUUUUUGCGGAUGUUCUUUAGUAACAUUUCAAACGAAAUUUUGAUGAG